CUCAUUCUUGACCAGUAACUAAAUGCUGACAACAGGUAAUCGAUCUCUAGGAACCACCCGAUGUAAUAAAAUAUAAAACGACUGUUUAGUUACACCAUAAUAUUUGUGUAGUUAACAUCAAAAAUUGUGUAAAUUUGAAAAUGGCGGAGUAUGGUGUUUCGUUCGCAAAGUAAGCAAAAUUUGUAUUUUUAAAACUGUAUAAAUAAUAUUUUAAUAUGUGCAUUUUAACGUAAAAAGAAGUAUAUUUAGCAAUAUAGGAUCAACAGUAAUGUACAAAUAUGUUAUAAUAUAUUUUUGAACCUCUUUUCCACAGCGUCCUACAUGUAGGACGUUGGGCACAUAACAGUACUACAUACAUAACUUUAUUUUUGCGUAAAUUACAUGCUUUUAUACAAAAUAUAUCAAUAUUUUAGCAUAUGUCAUGUAUAUUUACACUUUCAGGGGUUUUUCUUUAAAUGAUGCACUGGCUAUGCUGGAGGAGGAGGAAGAUAUGAUAGAGCACGUUGAGUCAUUGACUAUUUCUCCGCCCGAAAAUGCCACGGAUUCUCAAACUGAUGAAGAUUCUGGUGACGAAGACACGCUUACGAUAAAUAAUCUACCUGCUAAGCAGCUUAGAGCGCCUGCUGAAAUAAAUUUUCAUAAAUAUAAUACAAGGCAAAACAUUUCCUCUAAUUCCUCAAAUCUAAAAGAUGACAAAAAUGCCCCAUCAGUGGAAGAAUAUGAAACGCCAUCAAAGAGAACAAAAACAAUAAAGAGAAAAAAGAUUUAUAAAUGGGAAACCGAAGAUUUGGUGUAUGAUGGUGAAGAAUUUAGUAACGAUGAAGAAGAAAUGCCUCUGCAAACCCCUUUAGAUAUGUUUUCUUUAUUUUUUGAUGACAAAAUAUUGGAACUAAUAGUUGUCGAAUCAAAUCGAUAUGCAGGGCAACAAAAUCAUUGCCUGAAAAUAGAAAAACAUGAGAUAAAAGCAUUCAUUGGAGUGUUAUUACUCAGUGGAUAUGUGCCAGUUCCGAGGCGGAGAAUGUUCUGGGAAAACGAAAGAGACAGUCACAAUGUACUGGUUUCUGAAGCUUUGUCAAGAAAUAAAUUUGAAUAUAUUUUAUCUCACUUUCACCUAACUGACAACGUCACUAUAAAUACAUCCGACAAAUUUGCUAAAGUUAGGCCAUUGUUCGAUCACCUCAAUGCUGCAUUUUUGAAAUUUGGUAAAUGUGAGGAAAUGCACUGUGUUGACGAAGCCAUGGUACCAUAUUACGGCCGCCAUGGCUGCAAACAAUUUAUUCACAAUAAGCCAAUUCGCUAUGGCUACAAACUUUGGGUAGGAGCAAGUAGAUUAGGCUACGUAAAUUGGAUGGAACCCUACCAAGGUGCUACCACAAAUAUUAGCGAAAAGUAUAUUGAUUAUGGAGUAGGGCCAUCUGUUGUUUUGGAGUAUGCUGACGUUUUAAGAACUAGGUGGCCUAAUAAACGGAUGCACCUAUUUUUUGAUAAUUUCUUUUCCACGUUAUCUUUGUUAGAAUUGCUAUCGGAGAAAAAUUUUAACGCUACCGGAACAAUACGUGAAAAUCGCAUAUCUAAUGGGCCACUGACAAACUCAAAAGAAAUAAAAAAGGAAGCUCGAGGCGUUUUCGAUUUCAAAAAAACAGAAAACCAGAACAUUAUUGUCGUGAAGUGGCAUGACAACAGCAUUGUCACCCUGUGCUCAAAUGCAGUAGGCGUAAACCCCCUGCAUAGGGUGAAAAGAUUUUCACGAAAAGAACGGACAAAUAUUCAGGUGUCGCAGCCACAUCUGAUAAACUUGUACAAUGCAAACAUGGGCGGAGUAGACAGAUGUGACCAAAAUUUGAGCCUUUAUAGAAUUUCACUGAGGAGUAAGAAAUGGUAUUUCCCGCUAGUGGCACACUGUAUUGAUGUAGCUCUGCAAAAUGCUUGGCAGUUGCAUAGACAAAGAGGUGGGGACCUUGAUCAGUUAAGGUUCCGAAGACGAGUAGCCACUACGCUAUUAUUACAAAAUAAAAAAAAAGAAACACAUUCGAAAGGUCAUAAGUCAUCUACCGAAGGUUUAGACAUUAGGUUUGAUCGUAUGGAUCAUUUGGUAAUUCCUCAAAAUAAGCAAACACGCUGUGCACAUUGCCAUGAAAAAACAACCACCAGAUGUUCAAAAUGCGACAAAGGACUCCACGUCAAAUGUUUUUUGGUAUACCAUACAAAAAGUGUAUAGUUAAUGUAGGUACCCUUAAGUGCCCAUCGUCCUACAUAUAGGACGCCCAAAAUUUUGUAUAUUUAUCAAAAAAAUAAAUAUUAUUUUCGUCUAAUAUAUUUUAG